GCCUUGAAAUUGACGAGAUUUUUGUAGGAAUUAUUGAAUUGUGUGUAGUUUCGGUAAAUAAUUAUAUAUAUACUGUAUAUAUACAGUACUUUCUUUUAUUGACAUUAAAUACAGCGAUAUAUUAAACCGUUAAUGUAUUUCUUACAAACCAAACCUAUGUUGUAUGACAAACACAAUUGUGUGACACGAAUGCCAUAUACUCUGAUAAUAACAGAAUAUUUCAAAAGUUGUUGUAUUCAUAAACAUUAGUUUAUAAAAAUUAAUUAAUAACUAGUGAAUCGCGAAUUCAUCGACUGUUUGAGAUUUAACCGGUUAUUGUGAGCCCUCGGGAGUGCAUUGAGUGAUAUUUGACGUAAAGAUUAUAAUCGCAAAACUUGUUAACAAACUAUAAAAUGACGGAUAAAGAGACGGGUAAAAUAUGCGGCGUUUGUGGCGACAAAGCUAUCGCGAAAAACUUUGGCGCCGUUUCCUGCGAGUCGUGUAAAGCCUUCUUCAGACGAAACGCACACAAACUGACCGUCUACAAAUGCUAUUUCGACGAGAAAUGCAAAUUAGAUUCAGUCACCAGAAAGUUCUGCCGCCGCUGUCGACUCCGCAAGUGCUUCGAGAUCGGGAUGAAACAGGAGUGGAUUCUUAACGACGAGGAAAAACAGGUGCGACGGAAGAAGAUUGAGGAGAAACGGAGCAAAAAACGCAAGAAUUCGGUCCAAAGCUCGUCGUCGGAGACAAAGUCG